AUGAUUCCUAAAGUUAUAUUGCUCACUUAAAGGCUUUUUGAGAAUGUUGAUCAAUAAUAACAACAAUCCAAAACUCCUCCAUGUGAUUAUCAACAUGAUAUCGAUUUAAUUGUCGAUCAAAUAAAAUAUGAAAUUGGAAAUGUCGAUCCCAAAAUCAUUAGAAACUACUCCUACAAAAUUAUGGAAUUACAAUCGAUUAGUAAUGCUCUGUAGGACCUUAAGCUUUAAUUGGACAUCUUUUUCCAAAUUCCUUCAAAUCUAAAAAAAAAAAAGCAAGCAGUAACUAUUUCUUACGAUUUUAGUAAUAUUAAGCGAAUCAAAUAACUGAUUCUAUAGUAAUUAAAUGAUUUAUCAGAACUCAACGAUGUUUAGGAUGUUGAGAACUAUACAGAAAAUGAAUUCGAAAAAAUUUACAUUUUCAGAUUAUCUCAGAUUUUAUCAAAUGAGAUAGAGAAUCUGCAAUAUUAGUUUCAAUAAUCACAAAUUAACAAUAAUGACCACUUUAAUCAAUUGAAUGAGAAAUUUUUAGGUAUUAUUAAUGAUUAAACAUUUAUUAAAAUAUCAUGCUAAAUUCAUAAAUACAUAAUCUUGUUGAACUUAAUUGACGAGUAUAGAGACAAUUUAUUUGAUAUCAUUAAGAGUAAAUCCCUCUCAACUGAAAGUAUGAUCUGCUAGUAGAGUAAAUAAAAAGCAAAAUCCCUUUAGUAUGAAUCAAUGGCCUCCUUGGAUUUGGUUGAUGAUUAAAAUAAAAUUAAUAAAAGAUAACAUCCCUUAUUCAAAUAAGAGGAAAUUAAAAAUAACAGAUACGACAACUAACCUGAGGCUUGUGUGAAAUGCCAAAUAUUUUGA